AUAACAACGAUACAUGUAGCCAAUUAUGCUCUCCAAUCACAAAUCUCUUUCAGAGAAGCUCCUCGCAAGCACUGCUCUUUCCUUCCACAACGUAAUAACCAGACUUGUACACAGAAAAAUUCAGUAUCAAUGGACCAAGCCGAACUGACUACAGAGCAGGUUCUUAAGAGGGACAUUCCAUGGGAGACUUAUAUGGUGACAAAACUAAUUUCAGGCACUGACCUUCAAUUGUUGAGGCGCUACGACAAUCGAUCUGAAAGUUACAGGGCACAGUUGUUAGAUGAUGAUGGUCCAGCUUAUGUUCGGGUAUUUGUUAGCAUCUUACGAGAUAUAUUUAAGGAAGAAACAGUUGAAUAUGUUCUGGCUUUAAUUGAUGAAAUGCUGACAGCUAACCCAAAAAGAGCCAGAUUAUUCCAUGAUAAGUCUCUUGCAAAUGAAGACACUUAUGAACCUUUCUUAAGAUUGCUCUGGAAAGGUAAUUGGUACGUACAAGAAAAGAGCUGCAAGAUACUUGCUCUGAUAGUGAGUGCUAGGCCAAAAACCCAAGAUGGCUUCAUUGCAAAUGGAGAAGCCUCAAAUUCAAAGAGAAAAAUCACUACCAUCAAUGAUGUGUUGAAAGGAUUGGUUGAAUGGCUUUGUGCCCAGCUGAAGAAGCCUUCACAUCCUAGUCGGGGUGUUCCAACUGCUGUUAGUUGCCUAGCAACAUUACUAAAGGAACCUGUAGUUAGGUCUUCAUUUGUUCAAGUAGAUGGACUGAAGCUGCUGAUUCCUUUAAUUUCUCCUGCAUCUACCCAGCAAUCUAUCCAGCUUCUUUAUGAAACAUGUCUUUGUGUCUGGCUACUCUCUUACUAUGAACCAGCAAUUGAAUACUUGGCUACUUCUAGAACCUUGCCAAGACUAGUAGAGGUUGUAAAGAGUUCGACAAAAGAGAAGGUUGUCAGGGUAAUUGUCUUGACAUUUAGGAACUUGCUGUCCAAAGGUACUUUUGGUGCACAGAUGGUAGACCUUGGCCUGCCACAUAUUGUUCAAAGUUUAAAAGCGCAAGCGUGGAGUGAUGAGGACUUACUGGAGGCUCUGAACCAACUGGAAGAAGGCCUGAGGGACAACAUUAAGAAACUGAGUUCUUUUGAUAAGUAUAAGCAAGAAGUCCUCCUAGGGCAUCUUGACUGGUCUCCUAUGCACAAAGAUCCAAUAUUCUGGCGUGAAAACAUUAACAAUUUUGAAGAGAAUGAUUUCCAGAUUCUGAGGGUCCUUAUAACAAUUUUGGACACUUCUAAUGACCCGAGAGCUCUGGCUGUUGGUUGCUUUGAUCUUUCACAGUUUAUCCAGUACCACCCAGCUGGGCGAAUUAUAGUUACAGACCUCAAGGCAAAGGAACGGGUAAUGAAGCUGAUGAACCAUGAAAAUGCUGAAGUUACCAAAAAUGCCCUGCUUUGUAUUCAAAGGCUUUUCCUAGGCGCAAAGUAUGCAAGCUUUUUGCAGGCUUGAUUCUAUGCAUGUGGGUGUGUAAUAAUAGUGUAACAGUUUUAACUUCAUCUGGUGCAGAGCUUCCUUAAAAUGGUUAGACCCUGAAAUCGGCUCAAUGAUUAAUAUCCAUAAGAGCUCUUCUUUAUUGGACAUUUUCAGUUGAGAAAUUUUUUAGUCUGUUCUUCCAAAUUGUGGAAUAUAGUUAAAGAGAUUCCGAGGUAUAUUUAUUGAUUUGUUAAUUCCUCUUUUGGGUGUGUAUACGCUUUUGAUGAUUUCCUUUGUUUAUCAAUAGUGGCAUCUAGCAAAUGAGUUUAAUGGUUCAA